CGGUGCAUUUGGCCAAGCGCUUGCGGACGCAAACGCAUUCGUAUCGGCAGGUUUUAGUUGCGAAAAACACGUGAAAAACCGCACCAAGCUGGGUGUUUCGAAACGCUCAAGUAUGCCGAUCUCAUCGGAAGUGAAUCUGGCGGAAGUGUUCUUCAACGAGGAAGACUUGCCGUACGAGGAGGAGAUCCUUCGCAAUGCCUACUCGGUGAAGCACUGGAUGCGGUACGUGGAGCAUAAGCGCAAUGCGCCCCGGUUCGUCAUCAACACCGUGUUCGAGCGGGCCCUGAAGGAGCUGCCCGGCUCGUACAAGCUGUGGUACAACUAUCUCAAAACCCUGCGCAAGCAGGUGAAGGGAAAGUGCAUCACGGACGGCGAGUACGAGGAGGUGAACAACGCGUUCGAGCGAGCGCUCGUCUUCAUGCACAAGAUGCCCCGCAUCUGGAUGGACUACUGCGCGUUCAUGACCGCCCAGUGCAAGAUAACGCGCACGCGGCAGGUGUUUGAUCGGGCGCUGCGUGCCCUCCCGAUUACGCAGCACCAUCGCAUCUGGCCGCUGUACUUGGACUUCCUCAAGCGGUUCGACAUCCCGGAGACGGCGGUCCGGGUGUGGCGCCGCUACCUGAAGCUCUGCCCGGAGGACGCGGAAGAGUACGUGGAGUUUCUGCAGUCGAUCGGCCAUCUGGACGAGGCGGCCCAGCAGCUGGCCAGCAUCGUGGACAACGAGCACUUCGUGUCGAAGCAUGGCAAAUCGAACCACCAGCUGUGGAACGAGCUGUGCGAGCUGAUUUCCAAAAACCCGGACAAAGUGCACUCGCUCAAUGUGGACGGCAUCAUCCGCGGUGGGCUGCGACGGUACACCGAUCAGCUCGGCCACCUGUGGAACUCGCUGGCCGGGUAUUACGUGCGCAGCGGGCUGUUUGAUCGCGCGCGCGAUAUCUACGAGGAAGCGAUCCAAACGGUCACGACGGUGCGCGACUUUAGCCAGGUGUUCGAUGCGUACGCGCAGUUCGAGGAGCUAAGCCUGAGCAAGGUGAUGGAGCUGCUGGAGCGCAACCCGAACCCGACCGAGGAUCAGGAGAUCGAUGUGGAGCUGCGGAUGGCGCGGUUCGAGUAUCUGAUGGAGCGCCGGCUGCUGCUGCUGAACAGUGUGCUGCUGCGCCAGAACCCGCACAACGUGGCCGAGUGGCACAAGCGGGUGGAGCUGUACGAGGGCAAGCCGCACGAAAUCAUCAACACCUACACGGAGGCGGUCCACACGGUGCAGCCGAAGCUGGCCGUCGGCAAGCUGUACACCCUGUGGGUGGCAUUCGCCAAGUUCUACGAAACCAACAAGCAGCUGGCCGACGCGCGCGUCGUGUUCGAAAAGGCCGUCCAGGUGGACUAUCUGAAGGUGGACGAGCUGGCCAGCGUGUGGUGCGAGUGGGCCGAGAUGGAAAUUCGCCAGGAGCAGUACGAGGAGGCGCUGCGGAUCAUGCAGCGCGCGACGGCGAUGCCGAAGCGAAAGGUGGCCUACCACGACGACACCGAGACGGUGCAGAUGCGCGUGUACAAGUCGCUCAAGCUGUGGUCGAUGUACGCGGAUCUGGAGGAAAGCUUCGGCACGUUCAAGACGUGCAAGCAAGUGUACGAUCGCAUCAUCGAUCUGAAGAUCUGCACGCCCCAGAUCAUCAUCAACUAUGGCAUGUUUCUCGAGGAGCACAACUACUUCGAGGAGGCGUUCAAGGCGUACGAGAAGGGCAUCGCGCUGUUCAAGUGGCCCAACGUGUACGACAUCUGGAACACGUACCUGACCAAGUUCCUGUCCCGGUACGGCGGCCAGAAGCUGGAGCGAUCGCGCGAUCUGUUCGAGCAGUGUCUGGACGGCUGCCCGCCCGAGCUGGCCAAGAACCUGUACCUGCUGUACGCGAAGCUGGAGGAGCAGCACGGGCUGGCCCGCCAUGCGAUGGCCGUGUACGAGCGGGCCACGACCGCCGUCAAGGAGGAGGAAAUGUACGCCAUGUUUAAUCUGUACAUCAAGAAGGCGGCCGAAAUCUACGGCAUACCCCGGACGCGCCAGAUCUACGAGAAGGCGAUCGAGGUGCUGCCCGAGGCGGACUCGCGCAAGAUGUGCGUCCUGUUCGCCGAGAUGGAAACGAAGCUCGGGGAAAUCGAUCGCGCACGGGCCAUCUACGCACACUGCAGCCAAAUGUGCGAUCCGCGCGUAACGGCCGACUUCUGGCAAACGUGGAAAGAGUUCGAAAUCCGGCACGGCAACGAGGACACGAUGAGGGAAAUGCUGCGCAUCAAGCGCUCGAUCCAGGCGACGUACAACACGCAGAUCAACAUGAUGUCGGCGGCCCUGAUCAACGCAGCCGUUACGACCGGCGAACCACCGAAGGAUGCGAUGCGUGCACUGGAGGUGAAGGCGGCCGAAACGACGGCACGUGCGAUAGCGGCGGUCGGCGCGACCGGCGGCAACAUUAUGUUUGUGCGGGGCGAAACGCAGGGAGGAGCGGCGAAGGAAGAUCGUGUGGUUAAUCCCGACGAAAUUGACAUCGACGAUGACGAGGAGGAGGACGACGACGACGAUGAGACUGCGGGCGAUGAGGAUGGGGAGGACAUCGCCAAAAAGAUUCCGAUCGAGCGCCAAAGCAUUCCAGCGAAGGUGUUUGGCAGCUUGCGUCGGGAGGUAGAGGAGAAGGAAGAGAACGAUAUGGCAGAGUAGAAGUAGAAAGCGCAGAAAAUAAAUUCCCCCGUUAACUGCUGUAGUAAGUAACAGAUUGCAGUAAAACAAGCACAAA